AUGUAUCUUUUAAAAAUUUCUACAGAACAAUUGGAGAAGAAGUUGAAAAGAGAGAAGAAAUUGAGAAAAGCUUUGGAGAAACAAUUCAUUGCUGUCACAAGCAGCAGCAACAACAACAACAACACCAGCUUUAACAACAACAACAAUUUUAAUUCUACCAACAGUAUAAGUCUGAAUAGCUGCAAUAACAGAUUCAAUAACAGCAACCAUGGCAAAGCAAACAACGAUAUUUUUUGUAGUACAAUCACAAAUAACACCAUAAAAAAUAAUUGCAGCAACAAAAUUCAAAACAACAGCAACAUCAUAAUUAGCAACAACAUCAGCAGCAGCAACAACAACAACAACAUCGGCAACAAUAGUAACAUUAACAACAGUCAAAAUAGUGCCCCAAUCAGCAACAACAGCAGUUUUGAACACCACCAGCACAUCCCCAGCGGCGGAAUUCCACAUCACGUGAUCAAAUCACCAGUAGGGUCACUUCCGGUUUCUCCUUGCGCCAAAGAUGCUAAAUACAGCGGCGUCAACGAUACAAAGAUCAUAAAUCAUCUCCAGAACGGAAGUCUAAGAGAUGAACACGAAGGCAAAGAUGAAGAGGAUGAAGACAAUGAUAAUGAUGAAGGAAUGAAACUUGGUGAUGAUAAUGAUGAUGAAAGAAAUGAUGGCGAUGAUGAUGAUAAUGGUUACAGACAUCGUUGCUAUGGAGCAGAAGGUGAAAACAGCACCAAAGAACUAAAUCAUACAGAAAUGACGUCACCAUCUAUGAACCAAUUAAAAGUGGACACCAAGAGACUUCCGCUCGUCCUAAAUGCUUCACCAAACUAG